AUGUCCUCCCAUACCAAUCUCCCAUCUCCUAAACCGGUUCCUAAACCAGAUCACCGUAAACCACCGUCUUCCUCCGCCUCUCAAGACCAACAAAACCUAAAAUGCCCUCGCUGCAACUCCCCGAACACAAAGUUCUGUUACUACAACAACUACAGCCUCUCUCAACCUCGCCACUUCUGCAAAUCUUGCCGUCGCUACUGGACACGAGGCGGUGCCCUAAGAAACGUCCCUAUCGGGGGCGGUUGCCGGAAAACCAAAAAAUCCAUCAAACCUAACUCAUCCAUCAACUCACUAACGCCUCCUUCUUCAUCUCAGAGGUUUUUCUCCUCCAUCAUGGAAGACUCCACCAAAUACUUCCCUCCUCCGACGACAAUGGAUUUUCAGCUCGCCGGAUUAUCUCUCAACAAAUUCAACGAUCUUCAGCUUUUGAAUAACCAAGAAGUUCUUGGCCUUAGGCCGCCCAUGGAACAGGUCGAAACCACACCCGUUGAUGUCGGGUCGGGUUUAACCUUAAUGGGUUACGGAGACUACAACAACAACAACCAUUCACCGGCGACUUUCACAGCAGCCGGAGCAACCGACGGAAACUUAGCUUCUUCCAUAGAGACUUUGAGUUGUUUAAACCAAGAUUUACACUGGAGGCUUCAGCAACAGAGGAUGGCGAUGCUUUUCGGUAACUCUAAAGAAGAUACUGUCGUUGUCGAGAGGCCACAGCCAAUUCUUUACCGGAAUCUCGAGAUCGUGAACGCCUCGCCGUCGCCGACGAAGAAAGGAGAUAACCAAACAGAGUGGUAUUUUGGUAAUAAUAAUGAUAGUGAAGGGGUGAUUAGUAAUAAUGCUAACACAGGAGGAGGAAGUGGAUGGAACAAUGGAAUUCAAGCUUGGACUGAUCUUAAUCAUUAUAAUGCUUUGCCAUGA